CUGUUAAUCUAGACAAUGAUAUACUCACUGACACACCUGAAUCCAUUUUCAUCAGCUUUGUCUUUAAGUUCUUGUUCAUUUGACUGUGUCCAUAAUUUACAAUGAUGCAAUUGAAGUUAGUUUUGUAAGGAGAGCGAGCCAAUGAGCUAUCGCCCAGUAUCAUGACGUCAAAUAAGCGAGUGACGUCAAUGGUCGUCAGCUGAUAGUGAUAGCACGGCAUAGUGUAAGACUGUAAGUUGAAAGAAAACAAUACCACAAUUCCUCUGACUCGAAGACGUUCAAGUAGUGUUUCUUUUCAACACUGGAGGGUGCUAGUCUGUCAACGCCUAGUAAGCCACGUCUCAAGGUCACAAAAUACUGACAAGAAGACAUGCAGACAAAGGCUUGUACAUUAGCAGUAUGGGGCAUUGUGGCAGCCAUGCUGUGUCCCACAAGCGUGCUGGCUGCCUGGGGCUCUGGUGGAGAAAGUAUGCACCUCAAAAAUGUAGAAGUGCUCACAUUAUAUAGUGGAAAGAUGACUAAAGGAAGGAGAUCAGCCCCAGUACCACAGCUGGAGUGUUUGUCUGGAGGCACUGCCCCCUGCGAUGCCUUCAGCCCACGUGUGGUGCAGUGCUACAACCGAGGCUGGGAUGGGGAGGACGUGCAGUGGGAGUGUAAGACUGACAUGGACAACGCAUACAGGUUUGGCAGCGUUGAGGUGUCCUGUGAGGGCUACGAGAACCGUGAUGACCCGUACGUUCUGAAGGGUUCCUGUGGCCUACGGUACACCAUAGACUACACUAAGGAGGGCUUCAACCACAACCAAAAACACAACUAUUAUGGUGGUGGUGGUGGAAACUCGUAUUACUCCAAGACAAACCAGAAGCUGUCCAGUGAGAGUAAUGUGGCAAACUUCAUUGUGAUAGUGGCUGUUUGCUUGAUGCUGUGGGCCUUCUACAAGACAUGCAUUGGUAACCGACAGUCAAGGGAGGAUGCCUGGAGUACCACAGGAGAUGAUUACCCAGCAGGGGGUGGUGGAGGGUAUGGCUGGUUUGGUCAGGGAGGUGGUACACAUCCCACCGCACCACCACCACCAGGGUACCAUGGAGGGUAUGAUGACGCCUCUUGCAGGAAUCGCACUGCUGGAGGUGGAACAGGGGCUGGGGGUUUCUGGACCGGAGCUAUGACUGGAGGUCUGCUUGGGUACAUGUUUGGUAACAGUGGGAGACGUAACUAUGCUGAUCGUGGCUAUGGUGGUGGCUGGGGUGGUGGUGGUGGAGGUGGUGGUUGGAGCUUCAGCAGUGGAGGAGGGGGCCAUGGUGGGUCCACAGGCACAAGAACAGCCUCAGGGUUUGGUGGCACAAGUCGCCGCUGAGACUGUGUUCAUGUUAAGGUUAGUGUGUUUCCCUUAAAGAUUCUAGGAAUGUACAUGGUAGGUAAUGUUGUGUUAGUUUUUAGUUCACACUGUAGGGAAGGGAAGGAGGAAAGAGAAUAAAAACUAAUACAGUGAUA